UAACACUUCAUAUAGACGCACCACUUUCAGUCCAUACCAAACCAACGAUGUCUCGGCCAUUUUUACUGCUGUUCUCUUUCACCCUUUUUUCCUUGUUUAUCACCACACUCUCUCUUGGAACAAGCUCCACCUGGAGAGUGCCCAAGGACAUAAUCGAGCAAACCUGCGAAAUAUGUGCGAACCAAUCUAUCAUAUUGAGCUACGGGCUAUGCUCAAGUUCUCUUCCGGUAGUUCCGGUGAGUCACUCUGCAAAUCUUGAAGGGUUGGCGUUGGUUGCAAUGGAGCUAGCACUAGAGAAUGUGAGCAGCUCGGUGGCAACAAUAGAGAUGCUAUUGAAUAGCACAAGCGUUGGUAGCUUUUCUUUGGGGGCCUUAAGAGAUUGCUUGGAACUGUACUCAGAUGCAGCAUGGACAAUAGUGAACUCGGUGGGGGUUUUCUUGUCGGGGAAUUAUGAUGUAACUAGGAUGUGGAUGAGUUCAGUUAUGGAAACAGCAUCAACAUGCCAGCAAGGUUUUACAGAGAGAGGUGAAGUUUCUCCUCUGACACAGGAGAAUUAUAAUCUCUUCCAGUUAUGUGGGAUUGCGCUUUGCAUUAUCCAUUUAGCUACCCCUUCGCAGCUUCUAAACUGAUGAUAAGUAUUGUAUCUUAAUAACUCAAGGAAGAAGAAGAGGUUUAUCAUAUGCUGUUUCUUUUUAUUAUUUUAGUUUUUAGUAGAAUUUUUUCUUU